AUGAAAAAAAUUCGAGCUCAACACAAGAGCUACGGAAAUGUAGCAAUUAGAAAAGAGCAGACUGUUCGGCUCCAUGGUGCAGUAGAAUGUGUUCAUCCUCGAUGCCCGGCAAGAAGGAUAAAGUAUACAACACGAGGAAGUGAUACAAAUGCAGCUGCAAACAUCACUUUAUCUGGAGCAUCAAUCGUCUUAGCUGCUGACUUUCAACCCCUUUCUCCUUUUUACCGCAAUGCUAAUCACACAAGGCAUAACCUUGCAAAUGAACUCCUUUCAGUCAUGACGCCAGAACUGGUUCCUCGUGACUUCAUUCGUGAUGAAUGA